AUGCCAAUUACAGAUCGCUACUUGUUGGAAGCUUUGGGACUUUAUUGGCACGAAGGUUGUUUAAAAUGCAACUGCUGUGAGUGCAAACUUGGUGAUAUUGGAUCGACGCUUUACAAUAAAGCGAACCUCAUUCUCUGCAAGAGAGACUAUUUAAGGUCAGUAAAGAUGAUUCCAUAUCAAAGUUCAAAAUUAACUAGUAACCAAGUGCAGCGUCGUUUUAUAAUGAAUUUAAUUGGUAGCAAUGUUUUGGUCUCGCUCGCAACCACCAACGAAGUUAAUCAAAACACUGUUACUUGAAUACUAGUUCAAAUAAAAAUUAGUGUUGCACGCACUGUAAAAAAAGAGAAAUGAAGAAAAAGGAACAUUUUCUAAUACCAAGACACCUAAAUCUUUCACUAAAACAUCAGGUUAGUUUUUAUACAGUUUUUGCGUUGGCAAACCGUGGCUAAACGGUUUAUUUCCUGAACCUGUUUUUUGACGGUUCUCGCCAACAGAUGAACUUUCGAACUGCAUUUUAUUAGCCUCUCCUAAUUUUUUUUUCUCAGUCUAAGUGGAGCCUAGGUUAACCAAAGCGAUUGAGAAAAUUCCGGAACACUUAACUUCUAUGAAUCGAGGACAUUAAAACAGAUAUCAAAGAUGAGAUCGCUUCCACUCGCAGCCGGUUGGCUCACAGGGGUGUGGCAAUGUAAAGGGCUUAGACCACGUUUUGAAACCAUUGUUCAGACAAGAGUCAGCUCACCGAUAGGACUUCUUAAAUUUAAUAUGAAUCUAGGGAUAUGUCCUUUACCAUAUUAGGGAAGAGAGUGAUUAUUGAAAAGAAGAAAUUAAACAAUAACUGUCUCAGCUGGUACCGAACCGUUUUUAGAGAAGAAAAGAAGUCUACUUAAAUUCUGACAUCAGAAUUCAUACCAGCAUAUGAAAUAUUAGUGUUUAAGUGGAAUUUUUGAGACAACGAGCGAUGACUGAGGACGAUAGCCGAAUGGGCUACAAUUUGUAACUGAAACAGAAAGGUUCUUAUAUUAGUAUAGUUCUCUUUUGAGAAAAAAAGCAAAACAAAACAAAACAACAACAAAAAACAUAUCAAUUCAUUCGGAGAAACUGUGGUCGCAUAACCGAGCGCGAAGCCACAGUUUUCAAACCUUGUGUUUCAAGUCGUUCUUCGCUGGUUCAACAUUUCCUUGUUUUUUUUUUUCACUUAAUACCCGCUGAGUAUUAAUGUAAGGUCGCCUUGCAAAAAAAUUCAGUUUAGCACAGCCUUAAACUAACUCAAUAUUGUGACAGGAAUUCUCAACUACAUAACAUGUUUUCAUCACCCCUAACAUGAAAUUGAAACAUACUGUGUCUAGUGGGUCAAAUAACAACGUAGAGGAUACUCUUUCGGCCCUGAUUAACAAUUGUAGUUACCGAUAUUGUUCUGCCUACAGGUUGUUUGGUGUCCCCGGUGUGUGCGCUGCAUGUAACAAGCCAAUAGCAGCCUUCGAAUUUGUAAUGAGGGCCGCGAAAAACGCAUAUCACAUCGAGUGCUUCUCCUGUCAGAUUUGCAGACAGAGGUUCAGAGUCGGAGAAAACUUCCAUUUUUACAACAACAAAGUCCUUUGCUGGGAUCAUUACCGAAUGGAGAAAGAGGAAGAAAGUAUUGCAGAAAAUACAGCAUAA